AUGAAGUACGAACAGCAACCUCUCUUCAUCAAUGGACGACGCCACAAGACCACGAACACAUUCCAAACCAUAGAUCCAUCAUGCAACAAGCCCAUAGCAGACAUAUGCACAGCUGAUAAGUCCUCGAUCCAUGCCGCCGUCGAGGCCGGCAAGAAAGCUUUCCCAUCAUGGUCCGCCACACCACCCAUGGAGCGCUCGCGAAUAUUGCUUCAAGCAGUCAAGUUAUUACGAGAACGAAACGAUGAGCUCGCGGUCAUUGAGACUCACGACACCGGGAAACCGUUCUCCGAGACCAGCACAGUCGACGUCAUCACUGGCGCAGAUGUGCUAGAGUACUACGCCAACCUCAUUGCUUCUGGAGGCCUUAAUGGUGAGACGACACAGCUACGACCUGAUGCCUGGAUAUACACAAAUAAAGCACCACUCGGCGUAUGUGCAGGUAUCGGAGCCUGGAACUACCCAAUACAGAUUGCUUUGUGGAAGUCCGCACCAUGUCUCGCUGCAGGCAAUUGCAUGGUAUACAAGCCCUCAGAAUUCACACCGCUUCAUGCAUUAAAGCUUGCUGAGAUGUAUCUCGAGGCCGGCGUACCUCCUGGAGUCUUCAAUGUUGUUCAAGGAGCAGGGGAUGUAGGAGCACUACUUACGUCCCAUCCUAGCAUCGCCAAGGUCUCUUUCACUGGUCAGGUAUCGACAGGCGCUAAAGUCGCUAGCUCGGCAGCAGCUGGCAUGCGAUACGUGACCAUGGAGCUGGGUGGUAAAUCGCCCUGCAUUAUUCUGCCCGACGCAGAUGUGGAGGGCGCAGUCAACGGAGCAAUGAUGGCAAACUUUUUCUCGACCGGACAAGUCUGCACAAAUGGCACUCGUGUAUUUGUGCCCAAGAGUAUGCUUGGAGCAUUCGAGAAGCGGUUGCUCGAGAAGAUGGUUGAUGUUCGACCAGGCGAUGUAAUGGACGAAUCCACGAACUUCGGCCCUCUAGUCAGCGAAGUCCACUGCAAGAAAGUGCAGAAGUACAUCCAGCAUGGUAUCGAAGUGGACAAAGCCAAACUCCUCCAUGGCGGUCUCGGCAAACCAGACCUCGUACAAGGCGUGGACACCAACGGGUUCUGGGUGAAACCCACAGUCUUCACCAAUUGCACGGAUGAUAUGCUUAUCACCCGUGAAGAAAUCUUUGGGCCUGUAAUGUGUAUCUUACCCUACGCCGACAAGCGUAGAGACUUUGUGGAUGACUUGGUCCAGAGAGCAAAUGAUACGCCCAUGGGACUUGCCGCUGGUGUGUUCACGAAGAAUAUUGACUUUGCACACAAGAUCGUCGCUCGACUUGAAGCAGGUAUCACAUGGAUCAAUACGUGGGGUGAGUCGCCAGCGGAGAUGCCGGUUGGAGGAUGGAAGUUGAGUGGGCUAGGUGUGGAGAACGGAAGAAGAGGUUUGGAGAACUGGGUGCAGAACAAGAGCACAUUGGUUGAGAUGGGUGGGACUGUUGCUACUGUGUUUGCCAAGUUGUGA